AUGUGGAAUAAGGAGUUCAUGAAUGUCAUGAAGGAGAAACUGAGUUGCAAACCGAACUGCACUUGCCUCGACGACUGCCUCAACCACCAGCCCGAAUCGAUCUUCACCACAUUGGGGGAUGCUGUAGGCAGGGCGCGACGGGAGAUACAGGAGGCCUUUGGUCAAGUGGUACCUGAGGAGGAGGUAGAGGAACCAGUCCAGGCCGACGUCUUCGACGUCAGACAGCUGCUGAUGACCGAGGAGGAGGACGAGGAUGGUUUCGUGAGGAAGAUGGUCAGAAACGCCCAGGUCUGGGACGAGAAAGAAAAGACCAUGGAUCCCGAUGAGCUGUCAAAGAUGAAGGAACGGCUGUUUGAGGAGGUUGAGGAGAAGAUGAAGAAGAUCUCGUCACUCCUGGACAACGAGCCGCCCUACCCCAAGACCGGUCCUCCGAACGCAACAGGGUUUGAGGAUGUCCCGGGACUGUCCAAGAACAUUGCAAACGAAGCAAGGGAGCUCGGUCUGAAGCCGAAGAACGUGAAGAAGUUUAUGUUAGGGCUGAAGGCCCUGGAUAUCUACAUGGGCGAGAAGGAAGAAGAAAGAGUUGUCAACACUGGAGAGGAUGCUUCAACGGACUUUGAAAAGAAUUUUGAUUCUGACACUUUCGAUGGAUCAGGUGAAGAAGUUUAUGUUAGGGCUGAAGGUGCUGACUUUGCGUUUCCUCCAGGGCCGUUGAUUUGGCCCGAGAGGAUCGGGGGGAGUCGCUUCGAAAUCCCUUGGGUUCCUAAGAAUGUGUCCUUGGCAUUGAAUGUCACUGCGGAGAUUAUCCUCAAGAACGAAAGCUACCUUAUUGCGCGCUUCAAACUGAACGAUUCGCGUGUAGGUCGAGCUCGGGCCUACGAGUUUGUGUGUAUACCACGACUACUUGAUCCUUUCAUGGAGGACAAGGAACUCUUUGACUCGAUGCAGCUGAAACAGAAUGUUGAGGCCUUUGUGCGAAAGGUCAAGUUCAGCAAGAGAGCUGAUUUCUGCCUCAAGAAGUGCGAUUGGAUCGCAGAGUCACUUGUUGUUGAGCCCAGGCCCACCACCACGGCGGAGCUGCUGACGAAGCAGAUUUUGAGCAUCAACAAGAAAUCGGUGAUCUCGUUUCUCAAGUUCGUGGAGAAAGGUCAGCUGUCGAAUUGGAGCAACGCUAGUAUAGAGGGGCUUGACAAACAAAUCCCUGCCUCUGGAAAGGUGCUCAAUACCAGCGACUUGGAUCAAGUGUUCUGGAAAGGCCCACUGUUUGAACUGGUCCCCAUGAAACUUCAUGUCUUGAGACUGAGACAAAGAUGGCAGGGGUUCCGGAUUCCGAAGUAUGAAUUCGAAGAAGAGGUGGUUCAGGAAGCUGUUGCAAAGAGGGAGAGGCUGAUUAAGGAGGGGAACAAUAGCUACGUACUGUUUGAGAAGAUGGGGCGAAUCCUGAAUGGAAAUCACAUCCCCAAGUUGAUUGCUCCGAGCAUCAUCAGAUUGGUAUGUGGAGGACUUUUUCAGCUGCGCGUGGCUGGGGCACCCGUGUAUCCUGAUAUCUGUCAUAACUCCUCCGCCCUCUGCACUCCCCUCCAUGCUGCUUCUCUUUCCAACCAAUUCUUCUGCUGCCGAGCCCUCCUCGCUGCUGGCGCCAACCCCAACGCAAGAGAUUCAAUCGGCGUAACUCCCCUUAUGCUCGCCGCCUUCGGCGGAGCUCCAAAGAUCGUUCGCCUGCUGCUUGUUGCAGGAGCAGACGCCUCGCUCAGGAACCUAGACGAAGCGGACGCCUAUGAAAUCGUAGAAUACAUGUGGAAGGAGAAGAUAGACGACGUCCCUCAAUGGCUGAGAACGAGGCGGAAGGAAUGCAUGGAUAUCCUUCUCAGCUUCACCAAGACGCUUUCAGACUGCUCCAUCCCCCCCGGCUCCAAACAGUCUCGAGAGUUCGCAGCGGCAGCGUUCGGGAGCGAGUAUGUCGUAGCACCGCAAGAAGCAGAGGAAGGGGAGGUGGAUCUGGUCAGCGACUUUUCGGAAUCCUCACACGAGGAGGAGGAGCGCGAGGAGAAGGCUAAGAGGUGGGAGGAUACGAUCAAGGCCUUGGCGUACGGCUACCACGAUCUUCCAAAAGUUCGGAAAGUUCCUGACACAUGA